AAAGUGUGUUGGAUCCGAGACGUGUGGCUUAGACAAUGCACACCAAAAGCCUCCUCAGUCCUCAAGCUUACAGAUGCUCCUCCCCUUUAAUGAGAGAAACGGCUGUAUUAAAGGAAUCACAUGGGUCUUGCUGUCUGGCUAAGCUUUAUUAACCAUCUCUGAUUUCAACUCAAGUCAAUGGGUUAUGUUUCUAGGAUCUCAAGUGUGCUGAAGAUUUCUAUUAAAGAUCCAAGAAAAUGCUUCUGAGGAACUCAUCAAACCCUGCAACUGUAACGCUGAUAUCACCAUUCUCAGGCAGCCCUAGUAGGGAUUUGGAUACCAUCAACACAAAACACCACCAUCUCAAUUUGACACCAUUCUCAUGCGGCACCUUAUCACCCUUCUCUGAACUCAAUCAAGAAGCCAGUAGUUUUCGCCUCAGAGGAUUUCGAAGAGCUUGGUCUGAUAGUAACUUGGAAAGGUUAGAGUAUCCAUCUUGUGAUAAAGAAGAGCUUCAUUUUUCAACCACACCCAACAAGUUCCCAAAAAGACAUUGCAAGGCCAUGUUGCGCGGUGCACCUUCUUUUUCAAUAUUUAAUGUGAAUGAUGUGCUAGGAGAUCAAGAAAAUAGGGGAGGAGAUGUAGGAAGAGAACAAGAGGACUUGAUGAGAACAAUUACUAUUGGAGACAGUAUAGAAGCUAAAGGAAGCGGAGAGUUCAAUAACAUGGGGCUGAUAGAGGAAGAAGGAGAUCUAAAUGGGAUUGAAAAUUUGAAUCUUGAAGAAGCAAAGGAACCCGUUAGUCCUCCCUUGUAUCUUGCUUCAGGGCUUGGGAUUGAUGGCAUUGAUUUUGGUGGCGGAAAUGGCGGUGGGGUUGGCGGUUUUGAUUUAACUUCGCCGAACUUUAAUGAAAGUGGCGAUCUUGAAGAGUACUAUAAGAGGAUGGUCGAUGAGUUUCCUUGCCACCCUCUGUUUCUAGCAAAUUACGCUCAGCUUUUGCAGUCUAAGGGAGACCUUCAUGGUGCUGAGGACUACUAUCAUCGCGCUACGCUCGCAGAUCCUGAAGAUGGUGAAAUCUUAUUGAAGUAUGCUAAACUCGAGUGGCAACUUCACCAUGAUCAAGGUAGGGCUUUGAGUAAUUAUGAACGUGCUAUUCAGGCUGCCCCUCAAGAUAGUCAUGUUCUUGCUGCAUAUGCCAGUUUUCUCUGGGAAAUAGAUGAUGAUGGUGAAGAAGAUACAUUUCAGGCAACGCAUAUUAAGGUCGAAUCAGAGGAAAAUCUAACUAUGCCCGGCAACUCGGCUACCAAUCAAGAUUUUAAGCCAUUGCAGGUUCCACCUAGGCUUACAAUUGAUGUGGCAGAUCACUCUACAUCUGAUUCUGAUACGGGCAACAAUGUUGAGGAGUAUUACAGGAGGAUGGUUGAGGAAAAUCCUUCCAACUCUUUGGUGUUAAGAAAUUAUGCUCAAUUUCUGUAUCAGAAGGGGGACCUUCCAGGCGCUGAGGAAUAUUACUCGCGUGCUGUACUAGCUGAUCCCGGGGAUGGUGAAAUCAUGUCACAUUAUGCAAAGUUGGUAUGGGAAGCUCAUCGAGACCACAGUAAAGCCUCAAGUUUCUUUGAGCAAGCAGUUCAAGCUGCUCCUGAGGACAGCCACGUUGUUGCAGCAUAUGCUAGUUUCCUCUGGGAAACGGAAGGAAAUGAAGAGGAUAGCACAAAUCCUGAUCAAUUUCACAAUGAAGGUUCUGUGACUACCGCUUAAUUCUGAUAUGGAUGAACUAAACUGCAGUCAUAAGUCGUAACCUAAUGUUUUACUCAAGGGUAAAUAUUAAAGCUGAGAUAACCCACAACUGUAUCAAUAAGAAGAGUUAAGGUCUUCUACAGAUCUUUCAGCUGCUGUCAUUAGUUUCCUGUACUCUGCAUAAGAGACCUCUGAUAUUUGAAAGAUUUAUAGUAAUUAUCCUACGCCACAUGGUGGCUGUCUCCAA